AUAAAUUGCAGGGCGUUCUCCUCCAGCAUCAGUGUCCUGUGUUCUUCCUCUUCCAAGCAGCUGAGCAGGUUCAGUCAACACCAGCCAAGAUGCCAGAGCAAAAACAAGAGAGAAAAUCCAAAAUCUCGGCUUCACGGAAGCUGAUGUUGAAGAGCCUGAUGGUGACCAAGGCCAAGGAGGACUUGGAGCAGGAGAUCAUGGAGAAGGAGGAAGAGAAACAGAGCUACCUGGUUGAGAAGGCUCCUCAAGUGCAGACCAGCGGCCUGUCCUUCGCUCAGCUCCAGGAACUGUGUCAAGAGCUGCAUGCCAAGAUUGCCGUGGUGGAUGAGGAGAGAUACGACAUCGAGGCCAAAGUCAUGCACAACACCAGAGAGAUUAAGGACCUGAACAUCAAGGUGCUGGACCUGAGGGGGAAGUUCAAGCGGCCGGCACUGCGGAGGGUGAGGGUGUCUGCGGACGCCAUCUUGCGCUCCCUGCUGGGCUCCAAGCACAAGGUGUCCAUGGACCUGCGGGCCAACCUCAAGUCCGUCAAGAAGGAGGACACGGAAAAGGAAAAGACAGUGGAGGUGAGCGACUGGAGGAAGAACGUUGAGGCCAUGUCAGGUAUGGAGGGCCGCAAGAAGAUGUUCGACGCAGCUAAGGGACCUGCACAGUGAACAGGAAAACAGAGAAGGGAGGAGGGGUGGAGACAAGGACAUCACCAGCAUUUGCACAUGUACACCUACGCACCCAUGACAAAAGUCACUGCAGUCUAUCCAUGUUUAAGACCAGUUGCCUUGACUACCAUUACACUGUAUACUCAUCAUAUCACUGCCCCACAUACUUGAGUGACUGUCCCUCUUAGAACACUAAAACCACAUGACUGUGGAUUCUUGGCUCCUAGACGUUGCCAAAAAACUGUAUUUACUGCCGCUGUAUAAAAGAUAAGUGUGUUUAUACUUCUCGGAAUGGGAACCCAGUUUGUCAUGUGUUUUAUGAUGCGGUUGACUCUUGAACUACUACACCAAAUAAUAAAAUAACGUUCAAAUAAAUUCAGUUGUUCCAAA